CACUCUUUGCCGCCAACCACCAUGACGUCCGGGGUCAACGUUCUCCUCCUUCGCGAACCGACACCGUCCUCUGACAGUGGUCAGGACAGGUAUGAAGCCACCUUUGCUGCUGCACAAUACACGCCUUUCUCGAUUCCAGUGCUUGAGACAGUACUUACCAAUAUCACUGAGCUUGCAUCAGUAACAGCGCAGGGCGAUCUCGAUGGAGUCAUCAUGACCAGUGCACGCUCAUGCGAAGCUUGGGAAAAGGCGAAUGGGACAGGGAAGGACGAAUUUCCCUUCUAUGUUGUCGGGAAGGCUACUGCCUCGACACUACGCUCCAUCACUUCCAGCGCCGACAUCCGAGGAGAAUCUUCUGGAACGGCAGAGCAGCUUGCCAACUUCAUUCUUGGAGAACAGCCUCGUCCCACAAAAUUACUGUAUCUUACUGGCGACAAGAAUCGUGAUACCCUUCCUAGCAUCCUUGGCGGCGCAGGGGUUUCUCUUCAUCCUCUCAAGGUGUACGAGACCCAAGGGAGCACUUCUUUCUCACAGCAUUUGAAGGAGAUCGUAUCCGAAAGGCUGAAAGCACCGUGGUGGAUCGUCUUCUUCGCACCGUCUGCUGCCGAGUUCGUUUUACCAUUUCUGAAGGAGCACUUCGACAUAGAUUCAGUGAAGAUUGCUGUCAUCGGACCGACAACUGCGACAUUCUUGCGGGAGACCUUGAAGCUUCGUGUAGAUGCCGUUCCUGCUAAACCGUCACCAGAGGAGCUGCUGAAGACGAUCGUGGACGCAGAUGCAGCGUCUUGAUGAAGGAAUUCUGUUACCAAUCUACUCUUAGCCUAUCCGGGUAAUGUUGAACCACUUUGCAAGUUUGCAAACUUGUUUCGCCGGCAGAUCGUCCUUCUCUGAGACAUAAUGGCGAGACCUACGUUGCUAAGGAGUGACGGAAGCAAUCGAGUUAUCGCGGAAAAUCUCAUGCUACACUUUGCCAUCAUUCCUCAAACAU